GAUCAUAGUUUUAAUAUAUUUUAUUCUAUUAACCAAAUAAAUCACUAGAAAAUUUUUAUAUUAUUGUUAAUUUUGUUUUUUAUUAUAGACACAUUUUCUGUUAACUGUAAUCAUCCACUAUUUUUGUAAGAAUUGAUUACUAACAACGAUAUUUUGUUUAAUAUAAUAUCAACAACGAUUUUUAACUCUUAUGGCACUCAAUUGCAUUUAACAUUUCUAUGAUGUUAAUAUUCCCCUCGCUGAUCCAUUCCAUGUAUUUUACAAUAGUACAAUAACACAGCAACACAAAACCCAUUUUUUGUAUAUUAAAUUGAAAUAUUUUUGUUUUAUAAAUUCUUCUGAUUUAAUAUUAAUAUUGUCGAAGAUAAAGUGUAAUUUUAAAUAAUAAUUUGUUGUACACUAAACUUUGUAAUUCUCACUUGGAUCGUUUUGUAGAUUAUUUCAAAUUGAGGAUUCUGUUUAAACGAAAACAUUUCGUUUAUGUUAAUAUUCUUCUAGAAAUCUAUUCUAGCCGUUUGUAAUUAAGUUGUGUGUUUCCCCUGUACAACUCAAUUAUAUGUGAUUCAGGAUGGCAAGCCCUUCACUACUUAACGAUAGUAGUCUCAAAAACAGACCAGUCUCAAGACUACUCUCACUGGCGAAGAAAAGGCACGAAAAGUAUUCAUUUGAGACUGAAGCGGAAGCUUCGAAAUCAGACGUCAAGUGCUACGACAAGGUGACCUCGACACAGUCGCAGUUUACAUUCGAGAACGAGCCACUCACCGAGUCAAAAGCAGAUGUAAAGUCAAGUGACAAGCUCGUUGAAAAGGAAGGAUCACAAGUUUACGAAAACUCCCCGACUGUAGCCUCCAAGGCCGACUUCAAGUCUUACGACUCAGUUGUUGAAAGGCCAGGAGACUAUUUGUUUGAAAACGUUCCCAUGGUUUCAUCAAAGGCUGACUUUAAGUGUGGUGACGCCGUUUCUGAAAAAUCUGGAGAAUAUCUGUUCGAAAACCAGCCACAGGUGUCAACUGCCAACGUCAGAGCAUCAGAUACCUUGUUCGAAAAGGUUGACAGCCUAGUAUUUGAAAACCAACCCCAAUUAUCCAAGGCCUUUGCUAGGUCCUCAGAUCAACUAGAAGAGAAAAAAGAAGUCGAGGUAUUUGAAAAUGAACCCGAGGAGUCUAAGGCUAACGCCAGGGCCUCUGAACAGUUAGAAGAGAGAAAGCAAUCACAAGUUUUCGAAAAUGUACCGGAGCUUUCAAAAGCAAACGCAAGAUCCUCUGACCAGCUGGACGAAAAAGGCGUAUCACAGGUGUUUGAAAAUGAACCUGAACUAUCAAAGGCACACGCAAAAUCAUCUGAACAGUUGGAAGAGAAAAGCCAGUCACAAGUUUUUGAAAAUGUACCUGAAGAGUCCGUGGCCCACGCUAAGUCCUCUGAGCAAUUGGAGGAGAAAAAAGAGCCACAAGUUUUCGAAAAUGUACCAGAUGAGGUCUCAAAAGCUGAUGUCACAUCAUAUGAUCCUUCACCGGAUCUCUCAAAAUCCCAGACGGUGUUCGAAUGCCAGAGGAGCACAGUAAGUACUGCCGAUUUUAGCGCAUUCAAACCAUUGGAGCCUAAAUCGCAGUGUGUUACAACAUUUGAGGCUCAAACAUCACAACACAGCACUGCAGAUGUUGUGUACGACAAGUUCGACACCCCAAUGAAGGAACUCUCUGAAACCAUGAGCAAGUGUAGACUCGAUGAGUAAACCGUUUUAUAGAAAUAUAAUAUUCAAUUUAUUUUUAUUAUAUCAUAC